AUCCCCGACUGGAGAAGAAAAAAUCUCCCAACCUCAUUCAAGGUCUCUCUCUUCUCUGUUACGGCGUAUCUGAUCGGAUACUUUUCCGAAAUGAGUUUCUUGGAUAAGCUCUGGGACGACACCGUAGCGGGUCCCCGACCCGAAAACGGCCUCAGCAAGCUCCGAAAGUAUUCCAGCUUCUCUCCCUCUUCUGCUCCUGCACCGUCCGUACCGAUAUCUCGGAGCAUAACCAUCCUUCGUACCUCAAGCUUGCGUAACGGUUCGGCCGACACGGGUUCCAACCCGUCUUCUCCUGCUGGGUCCAGCGCACCCGAGUCGCCUUUCGCACCGACUACUCCACGAGGGGAUUUGAAGAAAUUCAGGAAGAAAUCUACGGUGGACAUUGCAGAACCUAAAAGUCCAACCGGCUAUGAUUGGAUUGUGAUGAGCGCUCUCGAUCGUUGAUGGAGGGCUGUGAUUGUAUCUAAAGGCAGGGACCUAUAUGAUAGAAUAAAGGAUGAAAAGAGAAUGGUACAAACGACGAGAUAUUGGAGUUUCGGAGAGAGAAAAGGGAGAGAAAGAGAAGGCGAUUUUUGUGAUAUGUAUAUAUAUGUAUCUACGUACAUUCUUUUGUGUUGCGUUUUGUAAUAUACAUGGUUGUCCAUGUGAUUUUUCUUUCUUUUCUUUUUGAGUUUUUUUUUUUCCCUAUAUAUAAAUAUGUGUAUCUAUGUAAAUAUUCUCGUAAAUACUCUCUUGUUUAAUGUAUUUUGAUUUCUAUUUGGUAAAUGAUUUUUGGGUCUUAA